CGUCGGCAAGUAGUCAAAGAGUUUAAGGGCAAUGUCCCUCAACCUACAAGUGCAAGAAACUUAGGUCCAUAAUAAUAUCAAAAUGUUCAGCAAAUUUGGGGAAGUCACUGCAAACAAGCAGCAAGGCCGAAAACCAACAUUGAAUGCCCGUGGCUUUCAAUUCCUCAGGCCCUGUUGCAUCAAAACCGACGUCAGAGUGGAAAGGAUAUCACCACAUGGGCUCAGGAACAGUUCGGAAAACCAUGUCAGUACAGCCGUAAGUGCAGCUUAAAACUCUACUAUGCAAGGCAAAAGCCAUUUAUCAACAACGCCCAGAAACCCUGCCGGAUUCUCUGAGCUCGAGUUCAUCUAAAAUGGAGUGCUGCAAAAGUGUGGACCGUCGACCUCCGUGGUUCCCGUCACCUGCUCACCCCCCAGCAUUCCUUGCCCGGGAUCCCCGUCGCCUUGAAGCAGUCCGUGGACCUGCGGACAUCCAUGGAUGGCAAAUACAAGGAAAUCGCCGAGGAACUGUUCUCGCGCAGCCUGGCCGAGAGCGAGAUGCGCAGCGCUCCGUACGAGUUCCCGGAGGACAGCCCCAUUGAACAGCUCGAGGAGAGGCGCCAUCGCCUGGAGCGUCAGAUCAGCCAGGAUGUCAAGUUCGAACCGGACAUCUUGCUGCGAGCCAAGCAGGACUUUAUGAAAACCGACAGCGCCGCGGAUCUGGAAUACAUGAAGCAGCAGAGUCAAUCGCCAGACCUGCUGGAGCGAGAUCUGCCCCCGGAAAGAGAAUACCAGCGAGUCACCAUUUCUGGGGAAGAGAAAUGCGGGGUUCCGUUCACAGACCUGCUGGACGCUGCAAAGUGUGUGGUGAAAGCCCUGUUCAUCAGGCAGAAGUACAUGGGCCUCUCGCUGCAGAGUUUCUGCAGGACCACCGCCCGAUACCUGCAGGAGUUAAGCGAGAGACCCCUCGACUUGACCAUCUACGAGGACGAAUUCCAAGAGGCGAUGGAGGCCUCCGUUGCCGCGGACGCCACAGUGCACCCGCCGGUUUCCGGAACCCACCCGUACAAGAACAAGGACCCGGCCGGCAUGCCGCCCGACGUGGGCUACGGCUGCAAGAUGGUGAACGGCGUCAUGCACGUGUACACGACGACGGAGGGCAUGGACAAGAGCACGGAGCUGGAACUGCCAUAUCCGGACUUGCAGGAGUACAUCGCUGACAUGAACGUCAUGAUGGCCCUCAUCAUCAACGGACCAGUAAAGUCCUUCUGCUACCGUCGCCUGCAAUAUCUCAGCUCCAAGUUCCAGAUGCACAUCCUCUUGAAUGAGAUGAAAGAGUUGGCCGCACAGAAGAAAGUCCCCCAUCGAGACUUCUACAACAUCCGGAAGGUGGACACGCAUAUCCACGCCUCCUCCUGCAUGAACCAAAAACACCUUCUGCGCUUCAUCAAAAGAGCCAUGAAGAAGUAUCCUCGGGAGAUCGUGCAUGUGGAGAGGGGCAAGGGUCAGACCCUCAUGGAGGUCUUUGAGAGUAUGAACCUGACAGCUUUUGACCUCAGCGUGGACACCUUGGACAUGCACGCGGAUCGCAACACUUUCCACCGAUUUGACAAAUUCAACGCCAAAUACAAUCCCAUCGGCGAAUCCAUCCUGCGAGAGAUCUUCAUCAAAACGGACAAUCACGUCGAGGGGAAAUACUUCGGUCACAUUAUUAAGGAGGUCAUGGCCGACCUGGAGGAGAGCAAGUACCAGAACGUGGAGCUGAGGCUGUCCAUAUACGGGCGCUGCAGAGACGAGUGGGACAAGCUGGCCAAGUGGGCCGUCAAGCAUCAGGUCUACUCGGACAACGUGCGCUGGCUCGUGCAAGUGCCGCGACUUUUUGACGUCUACCACACCAAGAAGCAGCUGUCCAACUUCCAGGAGAUGCUGGAGAACAUUUUCCUGCCUCUGUUUGAAGUCACGAUCCACCCGGGCAGACAUCCCGAGCUGCACCUCUUCCUCCAACACGUGGUGGGUUUCGACAGCGUGGACGACGAGUCCAAACCAGAGCAGCACAUCUUCAACUCGGACAGCCCGCUGCCGGCCAACUGGACGGAGGAGGACAAUCCGCCCUACUCGUACUACCUCUACUACAUGUAUGCAAACAUGACCGUUCUGAAUCACCUGCGCAGACAGCGAGGCUUCCACAGCCUCGUACUACGUCCUCACUGCGGCGAGGCCGGCCCCAUCCAUCACCUGGUGUCUGGUUUCAUGCUGUCGGAGAACAUCUCCCACGGGCUCCUGCUUCGGAAGGCUCCCGUGCUUCAGUAUCUGUACUAUUUGGCGCAGAUCGGCAUCGCCAUGUCCCCGCUCAGCAACAACAGUCUGUUCCUGAGCUACCACCGCAACCCUCUGCCCGAGUACCUCUCCAGAGGCCUGAUGGUCUCUCUGUCCACCGACGACCCUCUGCAGUUCCACUUUACCAAGGAGCCCCUGAUGGAGGAGUACAGCAUCGCCGCUCAAGUGUGGAAGCUGAGCUCUUGCGACAUGUGCGAGCUGGCCAGAAACAGCGUGCUGAUGAGCGGAUUCUCUCAUAAGGUGAAGAGCUACUGGCUCGGGCCGGACUACGUCAAGGAAGGCCAGGAGAGCAACGACAUCCGGCGCACGAACGUCCCGGACAUCCGAGUGGCGUACCGCUACGAGACCAUGUGCGAGGAACUCAAUUUGAUCACGCAGGCCAUCCGCACGGACGAGCUGGACACCAUCGAGGAGGAGGAGGGUCUUUGCACGGCUGCGACGCAACGAACGCAAUGAACGGUCCUCGUCGUUUGCCCUGCAUCGCAACUUUCGACACGUUUGCGUUCGAAUACUUCCGCCGUCGUGGCCAGCUGAGAAUUUCCCGACAAGUCGUGCUCGUUUCUUUCAGUGAGUUAUUCUAUUGUCAGGUCUCGAAAUGUUUUUAUUUGUGUUUAUCGCCAUAACUUGCGAGCGGCGCGACUGGAGCCGUCGUCAUCGACUUCAUCGGCGUUUGUUCGGUUGUCGCGGUAUCGCCUUGCCUGGGACUGCCCGCAAGACCGGAGACAGGCGACGUACGUUCACUUGGGCCGCUCGCGCGGGGUUAGCCGAAGCCAUCAUACCGUGAAUCGUUUGGGGAAAUGAAACUCGGUUGAGAAAUGUUUGUAAUUUCAUUUUUUUGCGUUGGUGUCUUGUGAAAUACAAGUUGCGGUUCUAGGGAAUGUUUGCCUCGUUUCACGUGGUCCUGUACUGUAGGUUAUUUUUGUGAAAUACACGUUAACGUUGCCUCUGUUAAUGUAAAAAAAAAAAAGAAUGAUAAAUGUUCACUUUCAAGUUUUUGGCCCUUGUUUUAGGCAACCACGUGUUUUUUUUUGUUUACAACGCCAUUUUGGAGGGCAAGAUUGCGUCUACAUAUGACGGCUAGGAAGCGAUUAGUGUAUACUGUAAUGUUUUGUCUACGGUUAUCGUUUGAUCUUUUAUCUUGAAAGUCCUUUAACAAACAAACACUGUAAAAAGUGAUUGAGGCA